UGAUCGAAUGUCAAAAUACUUUUUUCAAACAAACUGGGAAAUUAUAACGUGCAAAAAUUUUGCAAAAUGAGUGGAAGUCGCCCAAAUCAUGAUGAUAUGCUAUUUGAAAUGUUGAAGGAAUGUAAAACACUUCCACAGUUUCUAGAUGAAAUUUUUGGAUUUUUACAAAGAAGAACAGAUUUUUAUUCUAUUUCUGACGAACCUAAUGCUGCUGUGGGUUUACCUGAAGGAUUAGCUGAAAAUUUAGUAAAACAUACUUUUCAUAAAUGGAAACCUCACACAUCAGAAAUGAUUUACACAGGCCAAGAAAUUCCUGUAUCCUCCGAAGAAACUGUUAAGAUUGGCGAUGAAAUUGUCAAUGAAGUUAUAUCUACAACCAAAGAACCAAAUGCUAAUGGCGAUUGCAGUUUCAGUAAUUCUGAAUGCUACAAUGGAAGUAGGUUUGAUAAUUACUGUUGGUCCCAAAAUAUUACGGACAUAGAUAUUGUUAUUAAGAUCCCGGAAGGUGUGAGAAAAAAGGAUUUGGAGGUCAAAAUUCAGUCGAGUAAAAUCUCAGUGAAACUACACGACGGUACUUUUUUACUGAACGGAGACUUGUGUCAGAAAUGUAAGGCAAAUGAAGCUAUAUGGUCUUUAGACACGAAGAAGUUACUUAUCCAUUUAUCCAAGUGUCGGGAGAUGUGGUGGAACUGUCUUAUAAAGAGUGAGCCGGAGAUAGAUGUUUCAAAAAUAGAUUGCUCAAGACCAUAUGAAGACUUACCGGCAGAAGCUCAGGCUAAAAUUGAAGAACUUCAGUGGAAUCAAGAGAGGAAACGGUUAGGCCUUCCAACAUCCGAGGAACUCAUUUUACAUGACAAGCUGAAAAAGGCGUGGAAUGUGGAGGGGUCACCGUUCAAAGGACCCUUUGAUCCUAGCUCUGUUCAAAUUGGUUAGCGAAAAAAUAAAUUUCUCCAACUUUUAUCCAAGAUUUUCUAUUGAACUCAUUUGCAAUUUUUUAUAACAGAAAAUCAUUCAACAGUGGAAGUGACAGAUAGUUUUGAUGAUACAAAUAUAUUUAUUUUGGGGUUGAAACCAUUGAAAUGGACUAUAUAAUAAACUCAUGAAAACUGAA